UUCAUUUCCCAAUCGUAAUAAUACGAAAUCAAAAAAUUCAGCACAAUGCUGGUUGGCUACAUCAUAUCAUCUGCAUGAUGAUAAUGAUAAUGUUAACUUCUUUAUAAAGCAAUUAUCUAAAAAGGAAAAAUCUUCCAAAAACCAUACAAUUUCACAUGAUCUUUACUCACACAAAAAGGCCGUGCCAUCUUCUCCGGCACUCAAGACCCACUCCUCCUCCGCCAAAACUCUGUUUCUGGUGAUUUGUUCUUCCAUCAGAGCAAGAACAAGAAGUAGAAGAAGAUAACGAGAUGCUGAAGAGUAAACAAGAGACUUCCUCCAUGUAUAUGUUGAAACGGUUUUCGGAUCUCGAUUGGAGAUUUUUAUUCCUGAUUAUUCCUCCUCUCUCUCUCCUCGUUUUUUUCUCUAUAUCUGCUGCACCUGUCAGUCCUUUUUCCACUUUCGCCCCUCUGGCCUCCCUUUUCUUCAACAGGAACGCAAAUUCAACGGAUAAUCUAACUCUGUUGCCGGAGAAUCGGAAUGAGCCGGUGAAGGUUAGGUCAUGGAAAGAUGAAGUGGAACUGUCAAGAAUGGCGGUGUGUUUGGUUGGUGGGGCCAGAAGAUUUGAGCUCACUGGUCCGUCGAUUGUGGAGAAUAUUCUCAAGGUGUAUCCAAAUUCGGACCUCUUUUUACACAGUCCCUUAGACCAAAAUGCCUACAAGUUCUCGCUCCUGAAGGUCGCACCGAGAAUAGCCGCCGUUCGCAUCUUCAAGCCCAAACCCAUACCCGAAACCGAAUCUGAAGUCCGAGUCCUCACCGCCGCGAAUUCUCCAAAUGGAAUCCAGGGACUAUUGCAGUACUUUACUCUCGUAGAAGGAUGUCUAACGAUGAUAGAGGACUACGAAAACCAGAAUAUUUUCAAAUAUGACUGGAUAAUCCGUACCCGAGUUGAUGGUUACUGGAACGCCCCACUGGACCCGCAAAACUUCAUCCCCGGUCAGUAUUUGGUCCCGUCAGGCUCCAACUACGGAGGCCUCAAUGACCGUCUCGGUAUUGGAGAUUUGAACGUUUCAACGAUAGCCCUCUCCCGUCUCUCUCUCAUUCCCAAACUCGAUUCAUCUGGGUUUCGCUUGCUCAACUCGGAAACUUCCUUCAAAGCGCAGCUCACCACAAACGGCGUACCUUUUGUCGCCAAACGCCUCCCUUUCUGCAUUGUGUCGGACCGCCAGUACGAUUUCCCGCCAAACCGGUUUGGUGUGCCCGUGGCGGCAUUGUCUAGCCCUGGUCCGCUAAGUGGGGCUAAGUGCAGGCCGUGCAAGCCAGUAUGUGAAGGGAGCUGCGUUGCUCGUGCAAUGCAAUGGCUUGAUAAAGGUUGGAGCUGGACUGAUUGGGAAAGUGGGUCACUGAAGCUAUGCGAUGCUCACGGUGAAUGGGAGGAAGGGUGGGAGAACAUGUUUGACAAAGCGGCGGGGAAAAAACGAGCCGCGGUGAGGAAGCGGAUUGCUGGUUUGAAAUUCAAGCAAUGUGUUGAUGAUUUCAAUGAAAUGAGGAGACAGACUGCUAAGUGGGACAGUCCGCCUCCGGAGGAAAUAUGCAGAUUGGGCAUUGGGGAGCCUUAAAAGAGUUAUUUGUGUUGUUAAGAGGAAGACUGUAAAAAAAACAAACUACGUUUAUUUUUUUUCCGGUUUCGGGGUUUAUUUUUAGGUGAUUUUUAUUUUUUGCUUCAUUUAUAAGUAGAUGAGAUUAUAGAUAUAAUGACACUCUUGUAAUUUUUUUUUUUUUAAA